UGCGUAAACAGGAUUAACUCUCUCUCCUCCAGCUGCGCGGAUCGGCCCGCGCGCGGCCUGCGGGCCGGAGUGAGCCCCAUGGGUGCGCGGAGCGCGCGGCUCGGGGAGUGGGGGAUGUGGGAGCACGACACCUCGGAGCUGUCCCUGGGGUCCGCUUCCUCGCCGAGGGGGGCUGGGGACCACAGCCUGGGGAGCUGCUCCUGGGAAGCCGGGGCUGCUGGCCGUGACGGCUCGGGCUCCUAGCGGCGGGCUCCUAGCGGCAGCCACCGCUCCGCCACCUCCCUCUCCCUCCCCGCGCUUCCUCUCCGCCCACCGCGCUCCAGCCGCCUGGUCGCCGCCGGCUCAGUCCUCCGCCCCCCCGGAGCCGCCGCGCCCGCCCGCGCCCAACCAUGGGAGACCUGCCGGGCCUCGUGCGCCUCUCUAUCGCCCUGCGCAUCCAGCCGAACGACGGCCCGGUUUUCUACAAGGUGGACGGGCAGCGCUUCGGCCAGAACCGCACCAUCAAGCUGCUCACGGGCUCCUCCUACAAGGUGGAGGUGAAGAUUAAGCCCACCACGCUGCAGGUCGAGAACAUUUCCAUCGGUGGUGUGGUUGUCCCACUGGAACUGAAGUCUAAAGAGCCUGAUGGGGACAGAAUCGUAUAUACAGGAACAUAUGACACAGAAGGUGUGGCCCCAACCAAGAGUGGAGAACGGCAGCCCAUCCAGAUCACCAUGCCGUUCACUGACAUUGGGACCUUCGAGACAAUGUGGCAGGUCAAGUUCUACAAUUACCACAAGCGAGAUCACUGCCAGUGGGGAAGUCCCUUCUCCGUCAUUGAGUAUGAAUGCAAGCCCAACGAGACCCGCAGUCUCAUGUGGGUGAAUAAGGAGUCCUUCCUCUGAAGAUAGCACUUUCUGAUGCUGCUGGACAGUCUCUUCAGAGAUCCACUUUUAGAUAACCCAGCACAAGGCUUCACCGAGGCACACCAAACCAUUGCCAGUGUCCUGUCUGGUGCCAAGGACCCACUAGCCCUGAUCAUUUUUGAAAGUGUAAUUCCCCUCUGAUGCAAUAUCCCUGACACAAAAGAGUGUGAUGUUCCCUGCCCAAGAGGUUCUCUUUCUGUAUUCUGUAUUGAUAUCCCUGCCUCCAAUUGUUCUUGGUCACCCUGGUGACCUCUUGGAGGAGCUUCGUGGAAUCUGCAGGCCCUGUCCCGCACUUAACUUCUCCACUGAUGACUGUGCUGUUCCGUUUCCAAGUUGAGUGCUUCCCUCUUUUUUGUUAAAUGUUAAAAUAAAAAAUAACAAUGUGCGUGGGUUCCAUCCCAAGUAUGCUAUGGUAACAUGUAACUUGCAAUGUUUUCCAACUCUCAACGCAGGCUUUGUGAAAAUGUGAUGCAAACUGCAGUCAAUGGGACUCAAGUGUUGUGCUUUCUAUAAACAGCUUGGCUUUUUCAGGGAAGGAUAAUGACAGAAGAAAAGGACAAAUGUUUGAGUAUUUGUAACUUAUUAGAACUCAAGUGAUGUAUUGUGCUGUGGCCUAGAGGAAGUAGGAACGAGCCUUGUGUGGACCACUGCUGAGGUGACCAAAAGUGACAAGGUUACCUUUCUGGAAAGUGAUUGUGGUGUCCAAACAGGCAUACUGAUGGCCUCCCUACUUUCCCCUUCACUCGAACUUUGUAAAACUGUGUAUGGAAAUGUAAUCAACUUUUGAUAUUUCUUAAUAAAGACAUUGAAAAUCA